UCUCGAGUCGUUUGCAAGAUUUCAUUUCGUGGUCAAGUAAAUCAUUUGUAGGGCUUCAGAAGUGCCUCUACAUAAAAUCCUCUAACUAAAGAAAGUGAAUAUUUUUUUUUCCUUCGUAAAGUUUGUAAGAAGAAAAUUUCAAAAGAGGAAUUAAAACGAAAAAAAAAUUCUUGUGACUGGUGCUCGUGGCAAAAAUGCAGAGUGAUUCAUGUGAUUGAAUUCCUGUGCUCAGGAUAGUGCGCCUAUAGAAGGAUUCUGGAAGUACUCCAGUAUCGUCAAAUUUUCUGCGUUCUUGUGCUAACACCCCGAAAAGAAAAAAAUUUACGAGCUCACACCUGGAAUUAUUUGCCGCGAGGAUGUCUUAUGCAGGACUCUCACAGCAUUUGGACAUAUCGCGGCUACCAUCUCCGGGAGAUCGGUUUGAUCUCUUGGAUUUAAUUGGGGAGGGCACGUAUGGUGAGGUGUACAGUGCAAGAGACAGACAAACCGGGCAAUUGGUGGCUGUGAAGGUGCUCGAAAAUAUUCCGGACAAUGUUGAGGAGAUUGAGGAGGAAUUCCUUGUCUUCCGCGACCUGUCUCAACAUCCCAAUUUGCCCACCUUCACGGGGAUCUUUCUGCGUCGCGGUGCUACAAUUGAAGAUGAUCAACUGUGGUUUAUAAUGGAGCUGUGCACGGGUGGUUCUGUGACGGAUCUCGUUCAGGGAUUGCGGAGUCGCGGGGCUAAGCUCACAGAUCAGCAGAUUGCCUACAUUCUGCGUGAAACAGUGAAGGCGCUGAUCUACCUCCAUGAAAAUCACUGCAUGCAUCGCGACGUGAAGGGGCAUAAUAUCCUUCUAACGGAGGAUGCGCGUGUGAAGGUUGUUGAUUUCGGGGUGAGCUCCCACUUGGCUGCCACAAUGGCCAGGAGGAAUACGAGUGUGGGUACCCCAUACUGGAUGGCACCGGAAGUCAUUGCGUGCGAACAGCAACUCGAUCAAUCCUACGAUGCACGUUGCGAUGUGUGGUCAAUUGGGAUCACGGCAAUUGAGCUGGCUGAAGGUGAUCCGCCACUCUGUGAUCUUCAUCCCAUGCGAGCACUCUUCCAAAUCCCACGCAAUCCACCGCCAAAACUCUCGAGACCUGAACAAUAUUCACCAAUGCUGGUGGAUUUUAUUGCUGAGUGCCUUGUUAAGGAUCUCGAACAGAGACCCUUCUCUCGGCAACUUCUUGCACAUCCCUUUCUCAAGGCUGUUGCAAAUUUCGAAGAUAAAGUCCGGCUAGAGCUGCAACAGGAGAUCCAACGUCAGCGUCGCGAUGGAAGGACCCCCCGUCGUGUGGAGGUUACCACGAAACACGGUCGUUUGCGCAGUGAUCGCAAAUCUAGACCACAAAAAAUGUACAUGGAUGAUCUUGCGGGCUUGGAGAUCCUCACGGAGGAUGCAAUUGCGGAGCAAAUACAGAAACGCUUCGAAUGCAACCAAAUCUACACCUACAUUGGGGAUAUUCUCCUUGCGGUGAAUCCUUUUGCAAAUGUAGGCUUGUACGGUAGUAGCUACCAGAAGCGCUAUAUGGGUAGCGUACGAUCGGAGAAUCCCCCGCAUAUCUAUGCAAUUGCCGAUGCGGCUCAUCAGGCAUUGGUGCAUCAGAAGCAAAAUCAGGCCAUCGUUAUAAGUGGUGAGAGUGGAUCGGGGAAGACGGAGAGUGCAAAUUUGCUGCUAAAGCAACUCGUCUUCCUGGGUAAGGCACCCAAUAGGAAUUUGGAGGAGAGAAUUCUUCAGGUUAACCCCCUAAUGGAGGCCUUCGGGAAUGCCCGGACGGGUAUUAAUAGCAAUAGUUCGCGCUUCGGAAAGUACCUGGAACUUACAAUGACACGCAGCGGGAGGGUGACAGGAGCAAGGAUAUCUGUGUACCUCCUUGAACAGAGUCGCGUUGUACAGCAGGCAGAUGGUGAGGGGAACUUCCAUAUUUUCUACUACCUCUACGAUGGGCUCCAUGCAGAUGGACGAUUAGCUGAGUACCAUUUAGAUGAGGCUUUUCGGCGACAACACAAGUACCUGGCAGACACAUGUGCACCCGCUCAGACGAAUAUUGAACGCUGGAGGCAACUUAAGGGUAGCUUUAAGGUCCUGGGAUUUCGAGACGACGAACUGGACACUGUAAAUCGCGUCCUUGCAGCUAUACUCAACUUGGGUGAUCUUGAAUUUGGUGAAGUAGCCACCAAUGAUAACACAGACAACAAAGCUCGAGUUAUUGAUGUUGCUCCAAUGCAUCGAGUAUCGAAAUUACUUGGGGUUGAACCGAGCGAUCUUCUGGAGGCUCUAACUUCUAAUUCCGUUGUAACUCGAGGGGAGACCAUAACGAGGAACAAUACUGUUCUAGAAGCAGCAGCUGCUAGGGAUGCCAUGGCUAAGGGGCUCUAUGGUCGCCUAUUUGACUGGAUUGUUAACCAAAUUAAUCUGCUCCUUGUCUACCAUCGUCCUAAUGGACCCGAACAACUAGCUGUUGGUCUUUUGGAUAUUUUCGGUUUUGAAAACUUCCCUAAGAACUCAUAUGAGCAGCUUUGUAUUAACAUUGCAAAUGAGCAGAUUCAGUACUACUUCAAUCAGCACAUCUUCACGUGGGAACAACAGGAGUACAUGGCUGAGGGAAUUCCGGUUGAUCUGGUGGAAUUCUCGGACAAUAGACCCAUCCUCGAUAUGCUUCUAUGUCGUCCACUUGGCCUGCUCGCUCUCCUGGAUGAGGAGAGUCGUUUCCCACGUGCCACGGAUAGAUCCCUGAUUGAGAAAUUCCAUCAGAAUGUCAAGAAUAAGUACUACAUCCGCCCAAAAUCGGAUGCAGUUUGUUUUGCAAUUCAUCACUUUGCCGGACGCGUUGUGUACCAAGCUGAUGGGUUCCUAGAGAAGAAUAGGAACUUCCUACCGUCUGAAGUAAUUCAGCUUGUGCGACAGAGCUCCUAUGAUAUGGUUAGAUUCCUUUUCCAGUGCCCGAUUACGAAGACUGGGAAUCUUUACUCUGCACUACAGGAUACUGGAUCCAAGCAAAGUGUCGUCAAGUCUGAUACUAAAGAACGUUGUAAUUCACGAGGAUUGGCAUCUCAGUCGAGGGCUCAGCAAACAGUCUCCACCUACUUCCGGUACUCCUUGAUGGAUCUACUGCAGAAAAUGGUAGCAGGAUCCCCGCAAUUUGUUCGGUGCAUUAAACCAAAUGAUGCAAAGGAGUCAAAACGCUUCGAAGCACCUAAAGUUAUCAAACAGCUCAGGUAUACUGGAGUCCUGGAAACCAUCCGUAUUCGUCAGCAUGGAUUCAGUCAUCGUUUCCCCUUUGCGGAAUUUCUCAAGCGCUACUGCUUCCUAGCUUUUGGCUAUGAUGAAAAAGUCGUUGCAAAUCGUGAGAAUUGCCGCUUGUUGCUGGUACGGCUGAAAAUGGAUGGAUGGGCACUCGGGAAAUCUAAGGUUUUCCUCAAAUACUAUCACGUUGAGUUUCUUUCGAAACUCUAUGAGGAACAGGUGAGGAAAAUCAUAAUUGUUCAAGCGUGCGUAAGACGCUGGUUAGCACGUACUCGCUUCCUUCGGACACGGAGCCGAAUGUCUGCGAGUGCAGUAAUGCUACAGAAGCACGUGCGUGGGUGGCUAACACGACGACGGAUUUCCCUGUUGCGCGAACGACGCAACAAGGAACGCCGUGAGCGCAUGGAAACGCGUGAUGUGCGCCCAUUGAAGCGACACGACGUCGAAAGUGGGAAGGAGAAUCAGGAGCAGGCAGCAGUUGUAAUUCAGAGCUACUUCCGUGGCUACACCAUCCGCAAGAAGCGUUGGUGUGCCGAAAUGGAGUCCAAAACACGCCAUGCUCUCAACAAUGCAAAGAGUCGCAUUGAAGCGCAGAAACUCCUGCAGCGUGAGGGAUUGUCCAUGAAUGAAGCAUCACGUGUUGUGCAGCGCUUCUACAGGACACUAAAGAAACACAGCCAAAGAACCGAAGCCGAAUGCGUGCGCACUAAGAAACCCCUGACGCCGAGAGAUCAGCAAUUGGAGUUGAUUUCCUUUUCGCAAAAUGUACAUCUACUCAAUCAGGAGAUACAUAAGAAUUUGCGUCGCAACAAGCCACCUGUUCGACUUGAGGAAGUUGACAAAUUCCCGCCAGACUACAAGCGUCCACCGGGAUUUGUACUUGUGCCAGGACUCCUAGGAGCCGUACCGGGUGGGGAUGAUGCACCUAGUCGCUAUCGGCGUCCCUCACGGGAGAAUCGAUCCAAUGGAUCAACAAGUGAAGACGCAACCAAUGUCUGGCUUGAGGAUGAUAUGAACGGAGAUUGGGACUUACCUUUCUACCGUAUGGAACAAAAACUUAGGAAUUUCAGACGCCGUAGCUACAGCCGUGAAGCUCAGAGUCCACCCAAUGAUGUGCUGAUGGUGCGGAAUGAGAGGAAGAUCUCACCAGGUUGGCAGCAGGCACUCCAAACGGAUGCAGAUAGAAAGCUAAAGGGGAUUGUGAGCAACCUUAAGGCUGUACCAGCAUUCAGCUAUUUGAGCCCCAAUACAAACACCAAUCCCGUUGUCACGGACCUCAAGCAACUUCUCCGCCAUUCACCCCCAUCCGCAGCCACGGAGGCACCAACAAAGCUCAAGAAUACCAAUGUGGCCAUGGAGCAGACACACAUGAAGAAUGUCCUGGGAUUGGUUUUUCUCAAUAAGUCCACGCAUCAGCGACCGAAAAAGGAGAAACGGGACAAAAAGACCCCCGAACUUCCGGCACAGAAGGUGGCAUCACGACGCAUCCUUCAGACACACGAAUACCAAAAUGUGAAUGAGGAGGCAAAGCAGAAUAAAGUGCUGAAAAUUCCAGUCUUCAGGAAGUUCGGGGAUACAAAUAUUCUCGUGAAGAAUCGCAAAAAUCUCUGCAUGAAUAAUGUGGCAUGCGGUGCAAAAUUCAAUGGUGUCUACCGGCCAAAUAUAACGUCCUUUGCCCAAAUGGAGAGGAGCCCACCGCUGCCGGAGUCCACGUCACCACAGCACAAGUACUCCAACUUCAGCAUAUCCAAGUACCUGAACAUCGAUGUGAAGGGGCCACGCAGCAAAGUCUCGUCGUCGCGGGAAUCAUCGCCCAAUCUCACCAUGUCCACCAAUUCAUCGGCCAAAUCCUCGGGCUCCCUGGAACCGGAGAAUACGGAACCCGCCUCCUACCUUGGUCCCUUUAACUUUCGCCAAUUGCUGCGUCCCACGCAGGGUCCCACGGAGAGUCUGCGGAAGCGCAAGUGUCUCAGUCCGCCGACACUACCACCCCCACAGCGGGGGCGCAGCUUCAACUGAACCAAAUUCCUGAGGGCCCUCGAUCUACCCUUCCUCAUACAUCCAUCUCGUAUAUUGUCUUUACAAAAUGGAAUUGUUUCGAGAAAUAAAAUAUGUCUCAUUUU